GCCGACGCGAGCAUGCACGUUCCCGCGGCGGCGCCCGCGAGUGCCACCGCGACCGCGGCGAAGGUUGCGGGCGCGACGGUCGCGCUCGCGGCGCUCGCCGUGUGCGCGCUCGCCGCGUCCGGGACCGCGGGGCACCUCCAAUCUUCAGUCUCGUCGCUGGGCGCCUGGGGCGCGCCCGCGGAGCCGAACCCGUUCAACACGUUCGCCCCGCAGUGCGAGCCCGACCUGCGGCACAACAGCUGCGGCGCCAUGGGCGAGCUCUGCCAGUGCCUCGACCUCCAGCCCGGGCUGGUGGAGAUCUCCUCCAGGGCGCUCAAGUCCGUGCUCGACAAGGCGAACGUCUUCAUCCUCGGAGACUCGACGUCGAAGAUGAUGGUGCACCACGCGUGCCGAACGCUCAUCGACCCGGCGGCGGAUCCCCAGGGCGCGGGGUGUUUCAAGGAGGACGGCAUGCCCACGGUGUACUCCCAGCCCCAGAACCUCCGCCCACUCUCCCCGAACCCGGUGCUCAUACCGCACGACGAGAAGUGCUGCUCGGGCGGGCAGUGCUGCAUGACGAUGCUCGAGUCGAUGGUGAGCUCGACGUGCGGCCAGUACGACUCCAACGGGAACUUCGGCGGCAUCGGCUUCGUGCACAUGGCGUCGUCGUUCAAGGACGGGUUCGACAUGCCGUGCGAGUACCGGCACGCGCAAAACCUGCCCUUCACCUUCCAGGAACGCGCCACGGAGGCGCUGAGGCAGUUCGAGAAGAGCGUAUCAUUCGCCGACGAGCGCCGCGCGGUGAUCAUCCUCGACGUCAACGUGUGGAUGGGCGGCACCGCCAACGCCAAGGCGCACUACAUGAACAUCGUCAAGAUGACCAAGAACGCCAUCCGCAACAGCGGCCUACCCAUCGAUCGCACGCUGCUGAUGAUCAAGACUCUGUACGACUGCCACGACGAGACGCAGUGGCACUGCGCGAGGAACAACCAGCUCAUCCGCGAGGUGAGCUCGGAGAGCGGCAUGCCGCUCUUCGACUUUGACAAGCUGUGGAAGGAGCACGGGCUGGACCCGACGCGGGCGCUGCGGAGGGACGGAAUCCACCAGAUGCCCGACACCGCGCUGUUCGAGAUCACCAGCAUGCUCGACUUCAUCGCGAGGCACCACGAGGAGCUCGCCAUCACGAAGCAGCCGCCGCCGUGAUCGCGAGCCUAACCGGGGGGUUACAGUGGAUUCACGCAGUCUGCACAGCCGACGGGACGAAACGCUCCCGACGGCGGGCGACGAAGGCGCCAAAACGCGCGCCCCGUCGACAUCUUAGGAACACCUAGCAGUUCUUCAUUUUUAAGAGAUAUUCGCUCGCAU